CAGAAGGGCAGUAAAAUGUUACAUACGAGCCGGUGCAACGACCACCAUCACGGAAGACGAUCUGAUAGAGGGCAGCGUGAGGGACGCGGACGCGCAGGCCGUGUCCUCGUCGCUCAGUGCCACACGGACCUAUUUUGGUGUGAGGACAGCCAUGGAUCCGUGGAAAGCACAUGAGAACUAGAAGCAAGAUGUGAGAAACCUGAUGAUUGCUUGGAGGAGAUGUGGAGGUUCAGCUCUCUCCUCAAGCAUGCUGCGCAUCUCAGGCAGGCCAGCCUCUGCUCUGGGGGGCCGCUUCUCCAUCGUUACAGCUCCCCACCUGUGAGAUGUGGGCCCGCACGGCUCGCCUCCCUGUGGACUGCCCAUGCCGGUUCACCCUGGACCCACUUCCCGGGACUGCUGGAGCUCUGCAGGACUUUCAAGAAGAACGCCAAGUCUUCACUGGACUUCCCCGAGACGCCAAUCACGGUGACAGAUAUUAAGCAGUACCUGCGCUCACGGGAGAUCCUGUUCCGGGAUGGAUACAGCUGCCUGCACUCCCCCACCUUCUUUCGGGCGGAUGCGGCAGUCAGUGAGCGGGAAGCCUUCACCCUUUUCAUCGACAAGACGACGGGCCGCUUCCUGUGCAUGGACACGCUGGUGGAAGGCAGCUGGGAGGACCUGCAGGACUGUGUGGAGGUGAUGCACAGGGAGGGCUGCACCUCCCUCAGCCCUGAUGUGCUGCUGGGGUAUCCGGAGAGCCCGGAGGAGCAGGAGGAAAGGGAGACGCAGCUUGGCGAAGCACGCCGCAUCUACUCCACUGCCCUGCCACUGUCCGAUCUCCCCGAGGAGGAGGCCAAGCUGAUGAAGACCAUGUUUGCAAUUGACCGCGUCUCCAAUGCCACGCUGAAGCGCUUCGGUGUGCGCUUGCUGCGGCCCACACGCAGCCUUGUGUUCCCCUGGUUCAGCCCACGGGACGGCACUCUCCGGGGAGUGAAACUGCUGUCUGCUUGCAGUGAGGCCAGUGGGGGCGUGACCUACCACGACAUCACCAUCCCUCGGCCGGCCGCCUACUUCAACCUGUUCGGCCUGCCGCUGGUUGGCCGCAAGGACGCGGAGGUGGUGCUCACAGGCAGUGAGGUGGACGCCCUGGCUGUUAACCAGGCCACGGGGCUGCCUUGCCUGGCUCUGCCACGUGGCGUCGCCAACCUUCCACCCGUGCUGCUGCCCUACCUGGAGCAGUUCAAGCGCAUCACCCUGUGGCUGGGCGGCGACAUGCGCGCCUGGGAGGCCUCCAAGCACUUUUCCCGCAAGCUGGGGCUGCGGCGCUGCUGGCUGGUGCGGCCUGGUGAGCAGCAGCCCCGCCCCGCCGAUGCGCUCACCUCCGGCCGCAACCUGGGCCGCAUCCUGCGCUCGGCCAUCCCUGCCCUGCACAAGUCCAUCGUCUCGUUCAGGCAGCUCCGCGACGACGUCUACGGCGAGCUGGCUAACGUCGAGCAGGUCUCUGGCGUCAAGUGGGCCCGCUUCCCUGAGCUCAACAAGAUCCUGAAGGGUCACCGCAAGGGCGAGCUCACUGUCUUCACGGGCCCCACGGGCAGCGGAAAGACCACAUUCAUCAGCGAGUGCGCGCUGGACCUGUGCAUGCAGGGCGUCAGCACGCUGUGGGGCAGCUUUGAGAUCAACAACGUACGUCUCGCCAAGAUCAUGCUGAAGCAGUUCGCCCGGCAGAGGCUGGAGGACAGCCUGCAGGAGUACGACGCCUGGGCCGACAAGUUUGAGGACCUUCCUCUCUACUUCAUGACCUUCCAUGGGCAGCAGAACAUUAAAACGGUGCUGGACACCAUGAACCAUGCUGUGUACCUGUAUGACAUCAGUCACGUCGUCAUCGACAACCUGCAGUUCAUGAUGGGUCACGAGAACAUCUCAGUGGACAAGUUUGCCGUCCAGGACCACAUCAUCGGGGCCUUCCGGACAUUCGCCACCAACAGCAGCUGUCAUGUGACCCUGAUCAUCCACCCCAGGAAAGAGGAAGACGACAAGGAGCUUCAGACAGCGUCCAUCUUUGGCUCAGCCAAGGCUAGCCAGGAGGCAGACAACGUGCUGAUCCUGCAGGAGAAGAAGCUGGUGUCCAGCCCCGGCCGGAGAUCCCUGCAGGUGGUGAAGAACCGCUUCGAUGGCGACGUGGGCCUCUUCCCGCUGGAGUUCGACAAGGCCUCCCUGACCUUCUCGGCGCCGCCCCGGGGUCGCAACAAACUGCGGAAGCUGAAGGGGGACAAGCCCGAGUCGGCGGAGGCUCCUGAGACCCCGGGGCCCACUGAGAAAGCGGAGAAACCAGCCAAAGCGGCCAAACCCCCGAAGCCCAGCAAGGGGUCAGCGGGCGGGAAGAGCCAGACGGAUUUGGAGUAGGAGGAUGGGGCGAGAUUGAGGAAUGCCAUCCGGCUGACGGCGUGGGGCGUGACACUGCUCCUGUCUGAUCAGCAGGCUUUCAGACGAAGGCUGCGAGUGAUCCUGCUGGUGUCGAGGGGCGGCAGAGCGUCAUUGUCCGCCCAGUGGAACUGCCGUGACUAGCAUCUCUGACCCGAAACGAGACGACAGAAUUAUCUCAGGGAGCUGAGAUUUUUUUAAAUGACCCGCGAGUGGUUGGAGUCUCGGGGGAAACGGCUGGACCUUUACACUUCAGCACGUGGUGUAGGUAAGGUGGUGAAGACGCGGUGAUCAAGGUGAUCAAGACGCGCAGUCGCUGACCACUCCUACUGGCGGAACGCGAGCUUUCAGCUGUGACCUCUGCAGCCCUAAAGAGCUCAGUGGACACGAAACAGGCCAUGUGGGGCUGCAGCAUGUCACCUGACUGCCAACGCCUAGGUCAUGUGACCCUAUGUUAAAACCGCCGACUCGAUGACGCGAAGUCACCGUUUGAGGUUGUGAUUCUGCCAGAUUGGGAGUUUAGCUGAAUUGUCAGCUUUUAUGCCUCACGGGGCUUCAUGCCGAUCUGAUUGGGUAUGGACGUGUACCAGGUCGCGCCAGUUGGGACCCGUUUGAAGAGUGAGUUUGAUGAUGAUUUAAGAGUGGCUCUGUUCAGGCGGGAGCGGAAAACCAGCUGUGAAUCAGAUGAAGAGCUGCUUUAUUGUGGAAGCCGCCUAAGAUUAGUGGAAAAAUCCAUUAGGCCCAUAAAGCUUUACCAGUGGAAUGCCUGGCGAUUCUGUUCCAGUCCAGUGGACGUCGUUACUAUGAACAGUCACUGUGAAACCAGAUUUCUCAUCUUAUACUGACCUUUCCUGAUAUAAUUGUAAUGCAUAUUAUUAAUAAAAAUGUAAAGCCGCUGUUCAUUUUUA